UCAUUCCGUGGGAUGAGGAAACAGAACAAGGGUGAGUUGAGAGACAACUGGAAGCUCAUUCUUGAACAGACCAGCAGUGCUGUGGAGCAGGGCUGGGGAUUCUGACAGUGACCUUUAUGGACACCUUCCACAUUGGAGCGGUUCCUUGUCUGGACGAUGUGUGAUACCCCUGUUCUGGUGUGAGGACUCAGUGGCUCUGCAGAGGGAGAUCCCCACAGAAAUGGUCUUGGCACUCCCACACCUAGACCCUGGGGUAGCCCCCACAAUGCAGCCCUCCCAGGAUGACGAGCUCCAGAAGCAGUACCUGGACUUGCUGCAGAUGAAGAAGGAACUAGAAGAAAGCUGUAAGAAGAAAGAUGAGCUUCUCCAUGAUGCACAAAGAGCCUUAGCAGAGGAGCGGGACAAAAGAGAGACAGCGGAGAGAGAAAAGCAGCUUCUUGAGGAAAGGUGUGAAGAACUGCAGCAAAAGUUAAAGCUUAUAGAAAUAACUUUCAAGAAAUCCAUGAUCCAGUUGAAAAAGGAGAUGGAAGAGAGAGAAAACCUUCAGAGAGAGCAGGAUGAGAGGAUUCGGAGGCUUGAGGCCCAAAUGAACGCUUUGACUGCAAAUAAGCAAAAUGCUAAAAAUUACUGCUUUUCAAAGAUAAUUGCAAAUGAUAAGGAAGAAAACAGUUUGGAGCCUUCAUGGUGGUGUAAAAUUUGCAUGCUGAUAAACGAGUUGUUUUCACUAAUUACCAGGUUUUUCACUUGUGGAUAAUUUCAGGCUGGUUUCUCCUUGAAGUCUUGGAUUUCCUGAAUCCCCGAAAUUGGGUUGUGUGGCCCUCCUUUGUACUCGCAUUGCACCUGCAGCAUGAUUUUGAAAAUUUAAAUUACCCAUUUACUCUGUCUCACUGGUGAUGCCUCCCUACCAAGGACUAGUUUAUCUUUGUCAUUGUAAUCUUAGCUCCUACUUCUGUGUCCAGCACUUGAUCAGUAAGUGGAAAAUGUUGGUUGAAUAAAG